AUGCAGGGCUUCUACGUAAUCCUCCUGGCGCUGCCAUGGCUGGCCCAACGCUGUGCAGCGCAAGAGCCGCAAUACCCCCCGGCUUUCCCGCCCACGCCUAUCCUGCCGUCGUCGAUCAACUAUGCCCCGAGCGUGACGCCCAACAUCGAGGACCCGACUGCGCCGGAUGCACAGACAGUCUGCCCUGGGUACACGGCGUCCAAUGUGCAGACGAGCGACAGCGGCAUUACGGUCGACUUGACCCUCGCCGGUAAAGCCUGUAAUGUCUACGGCUUCGACAUUCCCAACUUGACCCUUGUGGUUGCGUACCAGAGCAGGAACCGCCUGUCGGUGCGCAUUGUGCCCAAGUACCUGGGUGCAAAAAACUACACGCAGUACAUCCUGUCGCCCGACUACACCCCGCAGCCAGACAACAGCUGCGAUGCCGGCAGCAGCAACAGCGACCUUGUGUUCCAGUGGAGCAACACGCCCAGCUUCCAGUUCCAGGUGAUUCGCAAGAGCGACAACAAUGUCCUCUUCGACACGUCUGGCAACGUCAUCGUCUUUGAAGACCAGUUUCUGGAGCUCAAGACGUCCAUGGUGCCCAACUACAACGUCUAUGGCUUGGCCGAGAAUCUGCACAGCUUCCGUCUGGGCAACAACUAUACGCAGACGUUCUGGAACUCGUACAACCUGACCAACGACCAGGUGCGCGGCGCCUACUCACACUCGACACAUCCCAUGUACCUGGAAACGCGUUAUGCCAACGGCACCUCGACUUCGCAUGGUGUCUAUGGUCGCAACGCCCACGGACAAGACUGGCUGUUGCGGUCCGACUAUAUCACCUAUCGCACCAUUGGCGGCAGUUUCGACUUUUACUUCCUCAGCGGGCCCAAACCCAAGGAUGUCAUCAGCCAGUACCAGACGGGCAUCGUCAGCACACCAUACAUCCCUCCUUACUGGAAUCUCGGCUUCAUGCAGGUACGCUGGGGUUACCAGAACUGGACCAACCUUCAGGCCGUCCUCGACCUCUAUGCCGCCCAAGACAUCCAGGUCGAGGCCAUCAUGAACGAUCUCGACUACUUGGACCUCAACCGUGUCUUCACCGAUAGCGCAGGCUACAACCUGACCGAAGGCAAGGAGUUCCUCGAUGCGCUCCAUGCCAGGGGCCAGUACUACUGCCCGAUCUUGGACCCCAACAUCUACGUCCCCAACAAGACCGAGGCAUACCCACCCUACACGUCUGGUGCGGCCAUGGACGCCUUUAUCCGCAACGGCAACGAUGGGUACUACACUGGUGUCGAGUGGACCGGCUUCAACGUCUGGCCCGACUUCCAGCCUCAUGUGCCGCAAGCACAGCAGUUCUGGACCGACCAGAUCACGCAGUUCCACGACAAGCUCGACUUUGACGGCUUCUGGCUCGAUGUCAACGACGCCACGUCCUUCUGUACCUACAGCUGCGGCACCGGUAUCGCCAUGGCCGAGGAUCCCAUCCACGUGCCCUUUGCCCUUCCUGGCGAUGCCAACACCAGCCUGGCCGUCGACUACAUGUACCCCGAGGGCUUUGCCGUCACCAACGCCAGCGAAGCCGCGUCCGCGAGCGCCGCCCUAGCAUCGCAGUCGGCCAUGUACCCAAUGCAGUCGUCUACUCCCACGCCGACCUACACCCGCACCCAGCCGACCAUGGGCGUGCGCAACCUCAACUUCCCGCCGUAUGCGAUCAAUGCGCCGCUGGACGGCCACUCGUUGGUGAAGCAGGUCAUUACACCCAACGCCACGUCCAACGACGGUCCCUACAACAGCACGCAGUACGAACUGCACAAUCUCUACGGCCACUUCAGCGGCAAUGCCACCUACCACGCCCUCCUUGCCACCAAGCCCGGCAUCCGGCCCUUCUUCGUCUCGCGCAGCACGUUUGCCGGCAGCGGUGCCUUUGCGGGCCACUGGGGCGGCGACACCAACUCUGCCUUUGGCGACAUGUACUACGGCAUCGCCCAGGCCCUGCAGUUCUCCAUCGCCGGGAUCCCGUACUUUGGCGUCGAGACCUGUGGCUUCAACGGCAAUGCAGACCUCGAGCUGUGCACGCGCUGGAUGCAGCUCAGUGCCUGGUACCCCUUCUACCGCAACCACAACAACCGCAACACCAUUGCGCAGGAGGCAUACCGCUGGGCGACGGCGGCGGCGUCGACGCGCGUCAUCAUGGAUGUCCGCUACUCGCUCCUGCCGUACACUUACACGCUCUUCGCCCGCGCCCACCAGCGUGGCGAGACCGUCCUGAGGGCACUGGCCUGGGAGUUCCCCGACGAUCCCUCGCUGGCGGCCGUCGAGACGCAGUUUAUGAGCGGGCCGGCCAUCCUCGUCACGCCUGUCCUGGCCCCGCUGGCCACCACGGUCCGUGGUGUCUUCCCCGGUGUUGCCCAAGGCCAGGCCUGGUACGACUGGUACACGCUGCAAAAGGUCCAAGUCGCGCCGGGCGAGAACAAGACGCUCGACGCCCCUCUCGAGCACCAGCCCAUCCACGUGCGCGCUGGCUACAUCAUCCCCAUGCAGAAGGCCGGCAACACGACCAAGACAUCACGCCAGAACCCGUGGUCGCUGCUCGUGGCCGCGGCGCAGGACGGAACCACCACCGCCGUCGGCGACUUGUACGAGGACGACGGAGUCAGCCUGCACCCGUCGGCGACCAAGGAGGUCGUGUUCUCGUGGUGCAAUGCCAACAGCACGCUCACCGUCCUCGAGCACGGCAGCUACAACGACGGCGUCCCGCUGGCCAACGUCACGGUCGCCGGCUUCUCGGGUCCAUGUGACGCCGACUCGGUUACGCUGCAGUUCAUUGGGGGUGGCAGCAACCAGAAGCAGCAGGUCGGCCACGUGCACGUCGCCGACGGGACGCUGUACAUUACAGGGCUUGCGCCGGCGUUCCAGGCUGGCGCGUGGAGCCACAGCUUCACCCUGCAGGUGCAGUAA